ACGUGACGCGCGGAGGGGCCGGCGCUGGCUGGCUGAGCUGCUGCGGCGGCUUUUGCGGGCGGCUUUCCCGGCCCCCACUCCCCCUCCCUUGCCAUGUCGACUCCGCCGCUGUAAGGAGUCUGGGACGCUGCCCUGCCGACAGGUGCUGGGAGGCCUGAGCCGAGGGGACGAGGGUCAAGCCUUCUGAGGCCGCAGGCAGAGUGGAGAGCUGAGGGGCCUGAAAAUCUGUGAAGAAAUUAUGGAAAACAUGAAAAUCUCACAAGAUUCAAAGGCAAGGAGUGAUUACAGUCUGAGUUGAGCUUCCCAUUUGAAAAGAAGAAUGGCUGUGUUCAGGCAGUUUACACUUCUUCUCUGGAAGAAUUACACCUUAAAGAAGCGGAAGAUUGUAGUAACAAUCUUGGAAGUUCUCCUGCCAUUGCUAUUUUCUGGGAUACUAAUUUGGCUUCGCCAGAAUAUUCACUCAGAAAACAUUCCCAAUGCUACCACAUACCCUGGCCAGUCCAUCAAUGACCUGCCCUUGUUUUUCAACUUUCCUCCCCCCGAAGAUACAUGGGAGUUGGUUUAUGUUCCUUCCAACAGUGAAGCUGUGAAGACUAUCACUGAGAUGGUGAAAAAGACUUUGGUCAUCGAUAUGAAAGUUCGUGGCCUUCCCUCAGAAAAGGACUUUGAAGAUUACAUUAAGUUUAAUAAUCACUCUUACAAUGUUCUGGCUGGUAUUGUGUUUGAACACGACUUCAGUCAUUACAAGGAGCCCCUGCCACUUGAGGUUAAGUACCACCUGCGCUUCAGUUACUUUCGGAAGAAUGAUAUGUGGGCUGGGAUGACUCUCUUUUUUCCAAAAGAGAUUGAAGGAUGGCAUACUACUUCUCUCUUUCCACUCUUCCCGAAUCCAGGACCCAGGGAACCCUCAUUCCCUGACGGAGGAGAACCUGGGUACAUCCGAGAAGGAUUCCUGGCUGUUCAGCAUGCUGUGGAUAAAGCCAUUAUGCAAUACCAUGCAGGUGCCGCCACAACCAAACUGUUUGAGAAGGUCACCAUCAUUGUGAAGAGGUUCCCGUACCCGCCAUUCAUUUCUGACUCUUUUCUGGUUGCCAUCCAAUACCAGCUCCCCUUACUGCUCAUGCUGAGCUUUACUUAUUCCACACUCACCAUCACCCGUGCCAUUGUGCAAGAAAAGGAGAGAAAACUGAAGGAGUACAUGCGUAUCAUGGGACUCAGCAACUGGCUUCACUGGAGUGCCUGGUUCCUCACAUUCUUCCUACUCCUACUUUUUACUGUCUUCUUUAUGACUGUGAUUUUCUGCGUCAAGGUGGAAGAGGACAUUGCAGUGAUUACCAACAGUGAUCCGACUUUGGUGUUCAUCUUUUUGAUGUGUUUUGCCAUUUCUUCCAUCUCCUUCAGUUUUAUGGUCAGCACCUUCUUCAAUAAAGCCAAUUUGGCAGCUGCCAUAGGAGGUUUCCUCUAUUUCUUUACGUAUAUUCCUUAUUUCUUCAUUGGUCCUCGAUAUAACUGGAUGACGCUCAACCAAAAGUUAUCUUCCUGUCUUUUCUCAAAUGUUGCUAUGGCAUUAGGAGCCCAGCUCAUUGGAAAGUUUGAAGCAAAAGGAAUGGGAAUCCAAUGGAAAUAUCUCAUGAAAUCAGUAAAUGUUGAUGAUGACUUCACUUUUGGGCAUGUGCUGAUAAUGCUGCUAUUUGAUUCUGCCUUCUAUGGCUUGGUGACUUGGUAUGUGGAAGCCGUCUUUCCAGGAGAAUAUGGUAUGCCCCAGCCCUGGUAUUUUUUCUUGAUGCCUUCCUACUGGUGUGGGAAUCAAAGAUCUAUGAUGGGAAAAGAAGAGGAAGAGGAUGAUCCUGAGAAAGUUCUAAAAACUGAGUACAUUGAGGCUGAACCUGAAGAUUUAGUAGCUGGAAUAAAGAUCAAACAUCUGUCCAAGAUGUUUAUGGUGAGGAAUAAGAAAAAAGAAGCAAUAAGAGACCUGAAUCUGAAUAUGUACGAGGGGCAAAUCACUGUUCUCCUAGGACAUAAUGGAGCAGGGAAGACAACCACCUUGUCCAUCCUCACAGGUCUUUUUCCCCCUACAAGUGGACGGGCAUAUAUCGAUGGAUAUGAGAUCUCACGUGACAUAGUUCAGAUCCGGAAGAGCCUCGGCUUAUGCCCUCAGCAUGAUGUCCUUUUUGACUACAUGACAGUGGCUGAGCACCUUUACUUCUAUGCUCAGAUGAAAGGAUUAUCUGAGCAAAAAUGUCCUGAAGAAGUCAAUCACAUCUUAAACAUUCUUGAUCUGGAGAAUAAACGCCACUCCCUUUCAAAGUCACUGAGUGGAGGCAUGAAACGCAAGGUUUCUGUUGGCAUCGCACUCAUAGGAGGCUCUAAGGUAGUGAUGCUAGAUGAGCCGACAUCAGGCAUGGACCCAGUUUCACGGAGAGCCACCUGGGAUCUCCUUCAGCAGCAGAAAAAUGACCGCACCAUUGUGCUGACCACACACUUUAUGGAUGAGGCCGACCUUUUGGGGGACCGAAUUGCUAUAAUGGCCAAGGGGGACCUGCAGUGUUGUGGUUCUUCACUUUUCCUCAAGCACAAAUAUGGUGCAGGGUAUCAUAUGAUCAUAGUGAAGGAACUUCAUUGUAAUACCAAUGACAUUUCUCGUCUGGUUUAUCACCAUAUACCAAAUGCCAUUUUGGAGAGCAACGUUGGAGCUGAAUUAUCAUUUAUCCUCCCCAAAGAGAGUGCACACCGGUUUGAAACUCUCUUUACUGAAUUGGAACUGAAGCAGAAAGAGCUAGGCAUUGCCAGCUAUGGUGCAUCUGUCACCACCAUGGAAGAAGUCUUCCUUAGAGUCGGUAAACUUGUAGAUUCAAGCAUGGAUAUCCAAGCCAUACAGCUCCCUGCCUUGCAGUACCAGCAUGAGAGGCGGGCGAGUGACUGGGCCAUGGAUAACAACCUCAGUGGAAUAAUGGAUCUCACCGACAGCAUUGGGGCCUUAAUCAAAGAAGAUUGUACUACCAUCAAAUUUAACACCAGGUUCUACCUUCACUGCCAGCAGUUCUAUGCCAUGUUCACAAAAAAGGCCUUGUACAGCUGGCGCAACUGGAAGAUACUGGUGGCACAGAUCCUUGUGCCCCUGACAUGCAUCACGUUGGCCCUCAUGGCCAUCAACUACUCUUCAUCGAUUCGGGAUGACCCCAUCUUGCAGCUAACCUUGGACCAGUAUGGUCAGACAGUUGUGCCCUUUUCCAUCUAUGGAACCUCCAAGCUGGACCAGCAGCUUUCAGAACGCUUUAAAGACAUGCUGCAGGCUGAAAAACAGGUGCCCCGGGAGGUGUUAGGUGAUUUGGAAGAGUUCCUGAUUUUUAGGGCCUCAGUGGAAGGCGAAGGCUUUAAUGAACGAUGCCUUGUGGCAGCUUCCUUCAAAGAUGUCGGGGACCAGACAGUGAUCACUGCCCUGUUCAACAACCAAGCCUACCAUUCUCCUGCCACUGCCCUGGCUGUCGUAGACAAUAUUCUCUUCAAACUUCUUUCCGGCUCUGGUGCCUCCAUUACUGUCUCCAACUACCCUCAGCCCCGAGGCACAGGCCAGGCCACAACAGAACAAGCUAAUGACGGCCACACAGGAUUUCACUUGGCUCUGAAUUUGCUCUUCAGCAUGGCUUUCUUGGCUAGUACAUUUUCCAUCCUGGCAGUCAUUGAGAGAGACAUGAAGGCAAAGCACAUCCAGUUUGUCAGUGGAGUCUAUGUCCUUCAUUUUUGGCUUUCUGCCCUACUGUGGGAUCUCCUUACCUUCCUUGUCUCCUGUUCCCUGCUGCUGGUGGUAUUCAGAGCCUUUGACGUGGAAGUUUUUACCCAGGAUAACCACCUUGCAGAUGCUUUGAUGAUCUUAAUGCUCUAUGGUUGGUCCAUCAUCCCCCUCAUGUACCUGAUGAGCUUCUUUUUUUCUGGAGCUGCAGCUGCCUAUACCAGACUUAGCAUAUUCAAUAUCCUCUCAGGCCUUGCCACUUUUCUUAUCAUCAGCAUCUUGCGCAUGCCAGGGCUAAAAUUGUUGCAACUUUCUAAAACCUUGGAUAUGGUCUUCCUGGUGUUGCCCAGUCAUAGCCUAGGGAUGUCUAUCAGCAACUUUUUUGAAAACUAUGAAACGAAGAGAUACUGUACAUCCUCUGAAAUUGCAGCCCAUAACUGCAAAAAAUUUAAUAUUAACUACCAAGAGGAUUUCUUUGCAUGGAAAGCUCCUGGGAUUGGGAAAUACAUGACUUCUAUGGCUGUUUCUGGCCUUGUUUUCCUCAUUCUUCUGUUCCUCAUUGAGACUAACUUCCUCUGGAGACUGAGAACCUUGGUCAGUAGCAUCUUUAGGACACAGAAUUGGGCACAGAUGCAUAGCCAAUCAUCAGUGAUUCCAAAAGACCAAGAUGUAGAAGAUGAGAAAAAGAAAGUCUUGGAAUCCCUCCCAGAGUUGUUACUGAAUACCCCACUGGUUAUUAAGGAACUCACAAAGGUGUACAGCCAGAGGGUGCCCUUCCUAGCUGUGGACAGAAUCUCCCUCACAGUCCAGAAGGGAGAGUGCUUUGGACUGCUGGGCUUCAAUGGAGCUGGGAAAACCACUACCUUCAAAAUGCUGACGGGGGAAGACACUAUUACCUUUGGAGAUGCCUUUGUGGAUGGCCACAGCAUCAUCACUGACAUCAAAAAGGUCCGGCAGCGAAUAGGCUACUGUCCUCAAUUCGAUGCCUUGUUGGAACACAUGACUGGACGAGAGACUCUCUUCAUGUAUGCCAGGCUACGGGGCAUCCCUGAGUGUCACAUUAGCAGCUGUGUGAAGAAUGUGCUACAGGGGCUGCUCCUGGAACCCCAUGCUGACAAACUUGUCAAGACCUACAGGUAGGCCUCUUCAUUUACU